AAAAAUUUGGAAAAUGGAAGUAACAAAACGUAAAUUGAAAAUGCAGUAAAACCCUAAAGGACUAAAACCCUAAAAGGGAGGGCAUUAAACAAGUAGCAGCUGCUGCUUCUAGAGUCUUCUCCUUCGUUUAUUAAAAGUCCGACGCUUCUCUCCAUCGAUCUCGCUUGCUCAUCCCAUUCAUCUCUUCCUUAGCUUCUCCAUCGUUCAUCUUCUUCCUUCUCAGCCGCCAUGUUUCGUUUCGUGUCCAGUCUCGCCUCCAAGGCUAGGAUUGCAAGUAACACAAGACAGGUUUCCAGCAGAAUGAGCUGGAGCAGGAACUAUGCAGCGAAAGAGAUUAAAUUUGGGGUUGAAGCUCGUGCCUUGAUGCUUAGAGGUGUUGAAGAGCUUGCUGAUGCUGUUAGAGUCACUAUGGGUCCCAAGGGACGUACUGUUGUGAUUGAGCAAAGUUGGGGUGCUCCUAAAGUGACUAAAGAUGGUGUCACCGUUGCCAAGAGCAUUGAGUUUAAGGAUAAAGUGAAGAACGUUGGUGCUAGUCUUGUGAAGCAGGUUGCUAAUGCUACUAAUGAUGUUGCUGGUGAUGGUACUACGUGUGCUACUGUGCUCACCAGGGCGAUAUUCACGGAAGGCUGCAAAUCAGUUGCAGCAGGAAUGAACGCUAUGGACCUGAGGAGAGGUAUCUCCAUGGCGGUUGAUGCUGUGGUGACAAACCUUAAAAGCAGGGCGAGGAUGAUCAGCACGUCUGAGGAGAUUGCUCAGGUUGGGACCAUUUCUGCGAAUGGAGAGAGGGAGAUUGGUGAACUUAUCGCAAAGGCUAUGGAGAAGGUUGGCAAAGAAGGUGUGAUCACAAUCCAAGAUGGAAAGACGUUGAUUAAUGAGUUGGAAGUUGUAGAAGGGAUGAAGUUGGACAGAGGUUAUACUUCCCCUUACUUUAUCACCAAUCAGAAAACUCAAAAAUGUGAACUGGAAGAGCCUCUCAUUCUUAUCCAUGAGAAGAAGAUCUCCUCCAUCAACUCUAUAGUGAAAGUGUUGGAGUUGGCUAUGAAGAAACAAAGACCGCUGUUGAUUGUCUCUGAAGAUGUGGAAAGUGAAGCUCUUGCAACUCUUAUCCUUAACAAGCUACGUGCUGGAAUCAAGGUUUGUGCCAUCAAGGCCCCAGGGUUUGGAGAGAACAGGAAGGCCAACUUGCAAGACCUUGCUGCCCUUACUGGUGGAGAGGUUAUCACGGAUGAGCUUGGCAUGAACCUAGAGAAGGUGGAUUUGGGCAUGCUAGGGACCUGCAAAAGGGUUACUGUUUCCAAGGAUGACACUGUUAUUCUUGAUGGGGCUGGCGACAAGACGGCCAUUGAGGAAAGAUGCGAGCAGAUUAGAUCAGCAAUUGAACUGAGCACCUCGGAUUAUGACAAGGAGAAACUGCAAGAAAGAUUAGCUAAGCUUUCUGGAGGAGUUGCUGUUUUGAAGAUUGGAGGAGCAAGUGAAGCUGAGGUUGGUGAGAAGAAAGACAGAGUGACAGACGCUUUGAAUGCCACUAAAGCAGCUGUUGAAGAGGGUAUUUUGCCAGGAGGAGGUGUGGCUCUUCUGUACGCAGCGAGAGAGUUAGAGAAACUUCCAACAGCCAACUUUGACCAGAAGAUUGGUGUGCAGAUCAUUCAGAACGCUUUGAAGACUCCUGUUCACACAAUAGCUUCAAACGCUGGAGUUGAAGGUGCUGUUAUAGUUGGCAAGCUCUUGGAGCAAGAUAACACAGACCUUGGUUAUGAUGCUGCUAAAGGUGAAUAUGUGGAUAUGGUGAAAGCUGGUAUCAUUGAUCCUCUGAAAGUGAUCAGGACCGCUUUGGUUGAUGCUGCCAGUGUGUCAUCUCUGUUGACGACAACUGAAGCUGUAGUCGUGGAUCUUCCUAAAGAUGAAAGCGAGUCCGCAGGAGCUGGAGCAGGCAUGGGUGGAAUGGGAGGCAUGGAUUAUUAAUUACAUCACUAAAACUCUCGUCUUUUCUUUUCACCAAUCAUCACCUUAACUUGAGAGAGAGGAGGGACACAAUUCUUGUAGGAGUCUGUUUUUGCCUGUGUUUGCCCAAUAAAAACAAUUAAACAGGUCAUUUGCCUGUUUUGCUA